GGCAGCUCCAAUGGACUGAAGCAAAUUGUGUGUCAGCAUGUGCACCGACUACGGGUUCCAGCACACAGCACGGACGCAACGGUCACAUUGAUCUUUGGAUUGAAGAUUGGAUUAAUAGCUGGAUUUAAGGUCCAUCAUUCUGCCGAAUGCACGUGGCUUAACGCUUAAUCCAGUCUUUGUGAAAGUGGUGAAGAAUUGCAAGUGAUACUUUUUCACAGCACUGUAGGAUUCGUCAUUUCAGAUGCUGAUUAUUAGUCCAUAUUUAUUGGUGUGUAGGAUAAUCGUGCAACAUGGCGGUGGAGAAAGAAAGCAGUGAGCUCAACAACCUGAACAUCAGCGCAACUGUCCAGAAUGGAACCACCACAGCCCCCCAGAAGAAGAAUAAGUUCUCCUACUGUGCUUCGCUAAAGACUUUCCUGGUUGCUCUUUGUUUCUGUUAUUUCGCUAAGGCAUUUGCUGGGAGUCACAUGAAGAGCUCAAUAACUCAGAUCGAGCGCCGCUUCGACCUUUCCACCUCCACAGCUGGGUUAGUGGAUGGAAGCUUCGAGAUUGGAAACCUGCUUAUGAUUGCUUUUGCCAGUUACUUUGGGGCAAGGCUUCACAGACCGAGGAUCAUCGCUGGUAGCUGUUUCGUGAUGGCUUUCGGCAGUUUCCUGACAGCGAUGCCACAUUUCUUCAUGGGGCAUUAUAAGUAUGAUACAGUGAAGGCGGAAAUGUCUUCGUCAAUCAAUUCUACAGACUCCACCUAUAGUGUCUCUCCAUGUCUGGCCAACACAACAUUGACCGAGGACAUCAAACCAGAGUGUGUUAAGGAGACAAGCUCUAACGUUUGGAUUUAUGUCUUGGUCGGGAAUAUGUUGCGAGGAAUCGGAGAAGCCCCCAUUACUCCUCUGGGAAUCUCCUACAUUGAUGAUUUUGCUGAGCCGAAGAACACCCCGCUUUAUAUAGCUUGUCUGCACACCGUGGCGUUGUUUGGCCCAAUGGUUGGAUUUACACUUAGCUCUUUUUUUGCAAAGCUUUACGUAGAUAUCGGAUUUGUGGAUUUGGAAACUGUGACUAUUACCCCACAAGACAUACGUUGGGUUGGGGCCUGGUGGAUCGGGUUCCUACUGGCUGCAGCCCUUAUGCUAAUUUCAGGAAUCCCUUUCUGCUUCAUACCUAAGAGUAUUCCAAAAGAAAAGACACAGCCCUCCCCCGAGGGACAGAAGAUUAAAGAAAGCGAGACAUCACACCCUAAGCGUGAUGAAAAAGCCACAGUAAAAGGUUUCUUCCUCUCCCUGAGGGAUCUGGCUUGUAAUCCCCUUUACCUUGUGGUAAUUAUAGCCACUCUCAUUCAAAUGAACAGUUUUACUGGAUUCGUAACUUUUAUACCCAAGUACGCGGAGCAACAGUAUGGCCAGUCCAUCUCCACGGCCAACUUUAUCACCGGGGCUACCACUGUGCCGGCAGGGGCUCUCGGAAUGUUGCUGAGUGGUGUGCUGAUGAAGAAGUACAAGUACGGAUUGCUGUCAGCCUCUAAGUUGGUCUUCAUUACCAAUCUUGUGUCCUACAUUUUGUUUUUCGCCGUUUUCUUUAUUGGCUGUGAGAACCCUGAAGUGGCGGGGAUGACUGUGUCUUACAACGGGAACAAACUGGACACAUUAGGAGGCAACCAGCUCUUCUCCAACUGUAACAGCAACUGUAGCUGCUCGACCACAAAAUGGGAUCCAGUGUGCGGAGUGAAUAAUAUCACCUACAUGUCAGCAUGUCUGGCCGGCUGCAAAUCAUCCACAGGAUCUGGAAAGAGCAUAGUUUAUCAGAACUGCUUGUGUGUUGAAUCCAUGGGCUUCCCGUCAGUAAAUUCAUCCGUAACACUUGGCUCGUGUCCUCGUAGUGGCAACUGUGACAAAAUGUUCAUGGUCUAUGCCAUCACACAAACCUUCACUACUUUUAUAUUUUCAAUCAGUGGAACUGCCUCCUAUGUCAUUGUCCUCUGGUGCGUAUGUCAGGAGCUGAGGCCUCUGGCUAUCGGUGUCUACAUGUUACUGAUCAGAACAUUAGCUGGAAUCACGUCUCCAAUUUACUUUGGGGCUCUCAUCGACAGAACCUGCCUAAAAUGGGGGACAACAGCCUGUGGAGGGAGGGGAGCAUGUCGUUUGUAUGACACCAUCUCUUUCAGGAACACCUACCUGGGCCUCACCGUCGGUAUAAGGACCCCAACCAUCAUUUUAUUUCUCUGCUUUAUAUUUAUGGUAAAGAAAAUGUCUCCUGUGCAAAAAGGGAACGUGCACGAAAACGGUGCAAUGAAACCAGCACAUAUUGAAAAUGGCAGAACAGUGGUGCUCGAAACUCCCGAAAUAGAGAAACAGACUUUAAUGUAGUGUUCAACCUCCCGGUCCAUGAUCGGCACUGAAUCUGUAAUAUUAUUGUUAUGUAGCUGAUACGAGGAUGUUACCCAGAUGUACAUGUAGAGAGAUGAUGUAGAUUAAAUAGAUGUCUUAUAUCUAAUGGUCACGU